UAACAAAAGCAUUUUCUUUCACAAACCUAUUGAAGUCAUCACGCAAUUGCAAGCCAAACAGCUACUAAGAGAGGUCCUAACCCAUUGUGGUUUGUGGGUUCGUGGGGGUUUUGGGUCUUUUACGCGGGUUCGAUGAGUUUUGGGUUCUCUUGAAACUAGGGUUGAUUAAUCUUCUCAGUUCUCUCAUAGUGCUUUCAGGUGCAGCGUUUGGCCUUCCACAGCUAGAGUUUCACCUGAUUCUGUUCCAUGGCGUUUCUUUUUCAAAAAUUUCAAGAGUUUGUGAGAACUCUUGCAAAAAGUCCAACAUUUGCUAAAAAUCCAAGGCAGCUUCAAUUUGAAGCAGACAUUAAUCGCCUUUUCCUUUACACCAGCUACAAUCGUUUAGGAAGGGAUGCUGCUGAAGCAGAUGCUGAGGAGAUAAUUGACAUGGCUGGUAAGGCCUCCCUUGCUGAUCAACAGAAGCAGGUCCAAGAAAAUAUUCAUUUUCAAAUUAAAACCUUCUGCACGUCUAUGAAUGACAUCCUCCUUCCUGAUAUGAAGAGCAUAAAAGAGCCACUUAACUCAACUCAACAACCGCAUAUUGCUCCUCGCCGCAGUGGCCUUAGUCUUGCUGUUGGUGGGAAUAGUCCACCAAGUGACCAUUCUGCUAUACCUGAGACAAAACCAUUAAAACGUGCUGAGCUGUCUGAGAGGAUGAAGGAUCUCAUGGGCUACACUCUAGAGCUUAAACCAUCUCAAAUUCCUCACCAGGAAGCUGGACAGGGUUUAUUCUUGGAUGGUGAAGCUGACGUUGGUGCUGUCAUAGCUUUCUACCCUGGUGUUAUAUAUUCUCCUGCUUAUUACCGUUAUAUUCCUGGAUACCCCCGAGUUGAUGCACACAAUCCUUAUUUGAUCACUAGGUAUGAUGGAAGUGUGAUCAAUGCACAGCCUUGGGGUGUUGGUGGUGAAACACGUGAAGUAUGGGAUUGGUCAAGUGUUCCUGAAUCCAAGCCUGACGUGCAAGUUGCUGAGAAAGGUUCAGACAAAAUUUGGAAGCUACUCAGUAAACCUUUGGAAGGCCCGCGAUUAGGACGUACUGGUGACAUUUUGGAGCGGAGAAACCCACUAGCUUUUGCUCAUUUUGCCAACCAUCCACCGAAGGGUAUGGUCCCAAAUGUCAUGGUUUGUCCUUAUGAUUUUCCACUAACUGAAAAGGACAUGAGAACCUAUAUACCAAAUAUAUUAUUCGGAAGUGGAGAAGAUGUGAAGAUGAAGAGGUUUGGCAGUUUUUGGUUUAAAUCUGGAGGGUCCAGCAAUGGUGGAUCAGAUGUUCCUAUUCUCAAGACUCUUGUUCUUGUGGCUACUAGGGCACUUCGUGAUGAAGAGUUGCUCUUGAACUACAGGUUGAGCAGCACGAAGCAGCGGCCAUCAUGGUACACUCCAGUAGAUGAAGAAGAGGAUCGAAGGAGGUGGAGCUGAAUCAAUACAAGGUUGGAAGUUGAGGAGGUUUUCGGUCAUGAAGUCGUCAAUCUCGGCCCAGGGGAGGUUAUGAUUUUGUGGGAGUUCUUUUCACUCUCCCCCCUUUUCCCAUUUCCCUUUUCCUUUUCUUUCCAUGUCAUCUUGUAGCCUAUUUGAAAGCUGCAAUUUUACCAUUUCUGACCAGUUAGUUGUAAUUUACAUCAACUCAAUCCUUAUACUAAGGAUGACAUUUUUGGAGUCUUUUCUUUUUCAUUGUUUUGUUAUUAUUGUGAUUAUUAUUUGUUUUUGGAUUGAAUGGGGGCUUCAGAUUCAGAGUU